ACCAGAUAUCACCAGUGAACAGACGACGUUAGUUUCGGCAAUAACAUGUCUGAUGCAGGGUAAUGCUACUUGUGUAGUCGCUCGUACUUUGUAACAAGGACUGAAAGAGCGUAGAAUUUCCUUCCAAAUGGUAGUACUGAAGUGAUUGUCCCUCUGAUUGAACGAUUUACGAAUACCAAAAAAUGACGUAACAUUUUAACAAUUUCGUCGCUGUCAACAGCACGGAGUAAACCAACACUUGACAGACCUGUGCUUUGUGUAGUGACGUCAUCGCGCUGCAGAGGCGGGGGAGGCUGCCAGAGAUGCGAUGUAUCAAGUUUCUAUCACUGGAUAUCGCUUAGUUGAAGUGUCGUACACUAAACCAUACCACGUUUACACAAUCGAGGUUUUACAACCAAAUUCAAGUGUCAGGCACAUCGUCGAGAAGAGGUACAGUGAGUUCAACAGUCUUCAUCGUAUGCUGAAGAAAGAUACAGAGACUGCUCCUUUUCCCCCAAAACGUGUCAGAAAUUCUCAACUCAAAGUAUUGGAACAAAGAAGAUCGGCAUUAGAAUCGUACAUGCAAAAGAUGCUCAGCCUUUCCUCUACAAAACAGCAAGUUCUCAAUUUUUUAGGGAUUGAAAACCGUGCUCAAAACACAAGUGAAAGAAUGAAUGGCCAAGUAGGUAUCGGCGAUACGAAACACGUCCGGUCUCCGACGUUGAGACAUCAUCCGGUAUUGACUUUUCAAUGCGACCCAUAUAUUCGGCCAAAUACUACGUCCAGUCUUCCAGAUAUUGUAACAAACGGAGUACUUGUCGAAAACUCUAUGAAGGUCUCGAUCGCGUUUACCCAAAUAUAUCUUGCUCAUUAUGCAGACAGUCUUCUACCACGGAAGUUGAUCGCAGUAUGCCUGACAGUUUCAGGAGGAAUAAUGUUACUUUUUGGGCAAACAGACAAUUACGAUGUGAUGGUCGUAUUGCUAGUGGUCUCAGGAUUGUUUCAAGGACUGAUAUGGCCAUCUUUAUGCAAAGUAUUUUUUUUCUGGAUCCAAGAUUCGAGAUUAAAUACGUUUUUUGGACUUCUUUCGCUAGCCGAAUAUUCCGGUAGUUUGAUGGCCAAUUAUCUGGCUAUAUUUUUAUUGAAAAAAUUUUCCUGGACUUUUGUCUACCCCCCCUUGAGUACUAUCGUCAUUAUCGUUUCUCUUCUUGCUCUUUUGAGCCUGUACCUUCCUUGGGAACUUCAUAUUGAUGUACCAGGUAGAAAUACACAGAAUAAGUUAUCCCGCCGAACCUCGUGGAUGGAAAUAUGGACACUGCCUGGGGUCUCGGAUCUUUCGAUUACAGUUUUUUCUCUUCGACUGGUCAGGAGCGCAAUCGUAUUCUGGGUUCCAAAUUUCUUUGUACAAAAAGUUGGAUAUGACACUCACAAAGCCCAGGUAGCCUUGAGUAUCUAUAAAAUCGGUCAUUUGCUCGGCUGCAUUGGGCUGGGGUUGACGGCGCGAAAGGAGACUGUUCUCAUACAGAGUCUAAUUUUACUUGGUAUAGGGAUCUCCGGAUUUAUUUUAUUCUGGCUAACGAUAUCUUGGGGAUACUUGUGGAGCAUUAACUUGCUCGCCAUGGUUGGUUUUGCAAUCGGUGGACCGGCUGCAGCCCUCAGUGCCUCUUUUGCAGUUUCUUUAGGUGAAUUGGAUGGCUGGAAGUCAGGAGGAGCAGUCGUUGGAAUGGUAAGCGGAUUCGGUGGUCUUGGAGAAGUGUUUGAAAGAGCUGUCGUCACAUUUGUUAUCGAAACUUACGGGUGGAACUCAAUGUUCGUACUGUUGAUAAAUUUGUUAUGUUUUAGUGCCUUUUUAGUAAAUAGAGCACAUUUUGCGACCAGUAAUAAGCUCAUAAAUGGCAGACAAUACGUUAUAUAAAUAAUAUUGUUAUUUCGGCUGUAAGAAGGAAAUUUUUAAACUUGUAAAUUAAGUACCUAAAUGUAAGUAAAAGUACCCCUAGUAAAUACAAUAUGAUGUAUACAAUUUCAACUAUGUGACCGAUUAUUAUUAAUGUAGAAGUAAUAAUUAGAAUAAUACUUAGUUCCUUGAAAAAUUUUGCAACAAGUCAAAUAAUUUAAGGCUUGAUACUGAUGUUAUAAAUAUAUUAUAGAUAACAAUUAGUAGAAAUUAAUGAAAAAUGUAUUCCGCAGUGG